AUGAGCAGGCAGUCAGUUUGGCUGCGCUGGCCCCACUUGGUAGUGUACUGCCCCCACCUGGUGGUGUACUGCCCCCUCUUGGUAGUGUACUGCCCCCACUUGGUGGUGUACUGCCCCCACUUGGUAGUGUACUGCCCCCACCUGGUGGUGUACUGCCCCCACCUGGUGGUGUACUGCCCCCACUUGGUGGUGUACUGCCCCCUCUUGGUAGUGUACUGCCCCCACUUGGUAGUGUACUGCCCCCUCUUGGUGGUGUACUGCCCCCUCUUGGUGGUGUACUGCCCCCACUUGGUGGUGUACUGCCCCCACUUGGUGGUGUACUGGCUCCACUUGGUGGUGUACUGCCCCCACCUGGUGGUGUACUGCCCCCACUUGGUGGUGUACUGCCCCCACUCGGUGGUGUACUGCCCCCACUCGGUGGUGUACUGCCCCCACUCGGUGGUGUACUGCCCCCACUCGGUGGUGUACUGCCCCCACUCGGUGGUGUACUGUCCUCACUUGGUGGUGUACUGCCCCCUCUUGGUGGUGUACUGCCCCCACUCGGUGGUGUACUGCCCCCACUUGGUGGUGUACUGCAACUGCACAAGGCAGAGGUGA